CGACGCUUGGGGGAGUUGGUAGCGCCGCCGGCAUGCCGUCGUCCGUGAUCAGCACCGCGUCCACGAAGAACCACCCAGGCAUUGCCGGAACGGGGGUGCUGGAGAUCAAACUGAAAAAGAAGCUCGCAGCAGACCCGAAGGCGGUCGUGUACAGCGGCAUCCAGUCGCCGGUCAAGGCAAAGGCGCGGGGAAGCAAGGGUCACCACAAGCGCAAUCCGGUGGCGAAUGUUCGGCUAGACAACCUGAACUUGCACGAGAAGUCAUACAAAAAAGAGCGAGGCGACAUCAUGGAAACCCUGCAGUUCCCGUCCCCAACUCGAAAAUACGUCGAGCACGAAGUCGUUCUGAAAAAGCACAAGGACAAAUACGCACGCGAUGCUUUGCCUCCGGUGGCCGGUGCAUUCAAGAAGCGCCCUAUCCCUAGCUCAAACUUCCCUAGCUCGUACACCCGCGGGGCGGUGCCCAUUUGCAUCGAGCCCACGACUGGCGGCAACGCACUUCGGUGGACCAAACCAUUGCCCGACAUUGACUUUGGCGUGAUGUUGCCGCUCUUCUUGGACGGCACGAGGGAAACGCAAGAGCCGUAUCGCUUUUUGGCGUCCAAGGGGUCCAUCGAGUUGCUUCAGUACGGUCGACAACACCCUGAAAAGGUCCACGCGUGCCUGCACAAAGUGGUGGCGCCGCUGCGGGUGGCACUCAACACUCGCGACCAUAAACUCGUGUGCGAAACACUUAAGGUCAUGUUAAUCUUGCUGGACGUUGAGGGUAUUGGCGUGGCUCUAGUGCCGUACUACAGGCAACUGCUUCCGACCCUCAACCUCUUCAAGAAUAGCCGACACAACCUCGGCGACUCGAUGGACUUUGGUCAGCGCCACAACCAAGAUUUGGGAGAGCUCGUACGAACGACGUUGGAGAAAAUGGAGCGCGUGGGGGGACCGGACGCGUACGUGAACAUCAAGUACAUGGUGCCCACGUACGAAGGCAUCAACAUGGGGUAGUAGUAGUACUACUACUACUAGUA